AUGGAAAAUGGCCUCUCGUGUAUGCUGAAUUUAUUGUUGGAAGGGCAAUCACCAUGUGGGUUUCGCUUUGGCUCCGGGAUAUCCAUCAACCAUCUCCAAUCUGUCGAUGACACACUCAUAUUUUGUGGGGAUGAUGUGUGUCAAUUGAAGCGCAUUUAUGCUGCCAUUGAAGCCUUUAUGUGGGUGUCUGGCUUAAAGGUAAAUUUUACCAAAUCUCAAUUAAUUGGGUGUAAUAUUCCUCAUAAUCGUGUGGUGGAAUUAGCCCAGCGCUUUGACUUCAGCUCGGGCCAGCUCCCAAUUCAAUAUUUGGGGGCUCCUCUUGUUGAUAACCCUCGGCUGAAACAAUUCUGGAUUCCGAUUAUUGAGAAAAUGCGAGUGAAGUUGGCAGCUUGGAAUUCCAAAUUCUUAUUGAUAAAUGGUAGACUUGUCUUACUGAAAUCGGUGAUAUCGAUAAUAAUGUGUAAAACUGGAACUUGGUGA